UGUGUGCACCACAAGAGAACGAACAGUAUUUAAAUGGUUCGUAUGGCAGGACAAGAAGGUUGAAGACCAGCUGAAGUUCGAGCCGGAGAUUGCUCGCGACCCAACAGUUGUAUGCAAUCCCGGUAUCGAUAGAGGACGGCCAAGGUCAGCUGAGCUGAUCAGAGUCAGAUAGUCUGAGGAAGGGGGAAGAAAGGGAUUGAGUAGGCUCAGGCGUCGCAAGCUGGCAAGCUGCUGCUGGGAGAUGCCGAGGUGAUGAAGAGUGCUUGAGUGGGGGCAGAGUCAUGGGAAUAGUGACGGUCUUGGUUACCGAAGUCUUGCUGGCUUGGCUCGUUCGUUCCGGAUAAAGUCUCCCACCAGACUCACCCUCAACCCUUGCACUCCCCCCUCCUUCCCCUCAAACUUCAAGCCACACUCAACCACCACACUCAACCACCCCGAGAAUACAGCAGUACAUACAGGCACUCUCAACAGAUCACAUACAGCGAACACAGACGAAAGAUGAAGAUGAUGAAGCUGCCGACCCUGUCCAGAUACACCUACAUCUUCGCCGCCCUCAACGUCAUCCUCCUCCUCACCGGCGUCCUCACCCUGCUCACCGUGCUCAACUGGAGAAACAUCCUCGACCAGCCUAUCAGCUCGAAUCCGGACAUCUACACUCGUCUGGCUGUCAACGACCUGGUGAUCUAUGGUGGUUUUGUUGGAGCAGCGUCGACCUUCCUGACCGUUGCGAUUUCGCUGUGGACGUUUGCGACCCGACCGACGCGGGAGAAUGCGCAAACGCUGCCGCUGCGAGCCUACAUGAGCAGUCUCUUCACGACCCUUCUGAUCACGCUCAUCGCGGCCUCCCUGAUCUGGUUCUCGACCCUGAGGGAACGCUCGCUGUUCACCCCCGUCUGGGAGGCCCUCCCCGCGCAACAGAAGAUCUUCAUCCAGAACGACCUCAAGUGUUGCGGCUGGUUCAACGCCACCCUCCCCGGCCUCUUCAACGAUAACGUCAUGUCCGGCUUCUGCGAAGACCCCGAUAUCAUCAGACCCGACCCCGACCCUAACGUCGUCCUCGGUUGCGUCGAUAAGUUCGGCAAAAAGGCCGACGAUAUCUUGAAUAAUACUUUCACCCUCAGUUAUGGAUUCACUGGUGUCCAAUUCUUUCUAUUCGUAACGGCUGCUGCGCUUGCCAACUUACGAAUCCAACAAAAACGGUUUAUGAGGAUUGAUUACAAGCUACGGAACGGAAAAGGAGCCUUCCUAUGAUCCCACCUUCUCCUCUAUCUUCAAAUAGAUACAUCUCUCUCAAGACUCUUGUGCAUCCUGUGGAGCCAAGAUGUCGAUAUAUUCCUAGACAGUCGUCAGUUUUUCUCAGCUCCAUCGUUACAGCCCAUUUCCCUUUCCAUAGCUUUCCCAAACGAUCCUAUUCAGGACAAGCAACCCCCACCCAUAAUUUUCUUUAUUCCCUUUUCUUUGAAGUUCUUUCUAUCUCAGCUUCGCUUCGUUUGCCUUGUUUGUUAUGGACCCCUUACUCAUACCUUAUUUAUGCUCCGUUCAAAAAUGUGCUAUUUUUAUUUAUCUCGUUUUUUUCUUUUUUCUUCCUACUUUCCUCCACUUUUCGUUUUUUUUUUACUUACUAUACUGUCUCACAAAACAGGAUUCCCUAAUCUCUUGAAAAUAAUAUACAUGGCAAAUCUUCUUUCUCCCUUUUUUCGGUCUUUCAUUCUUUUUUUUUACUGUUUUGUUUGUUUGUUUGUUUGUCUGUUUGUUGUAACUGCAUAUUAAAC